UUUACCUCAGUUGUAGACAUGGCAGCGCUGAGACAGGAGCAACGGUAUGGGCUCUCCUGUGCAAAAAUCAACAAAAACGUUCCAAAUAAAACUCUGUAUCACGUCAAGCUAACUGAUACCGCCAUUCGAACGCUCGAAGCCUAUCAAAAUCUUAAGGGAUCCUUAACAAAUCAGCCAGCAAUUUGCUUCAAGGGGAGCCAGGGGUACAUCAAGAUCCCCGCCCCGUCCCCAGAUGCCCCGGACGCACUACGAGUCUUCUCCUUCUACCUGUCCAGUGAUAGCAAGGACAAACCUCAGGCCAGCUUCGACUGCACACACCAGUAUGUCUCAAGGGAGGGCAGGGAGCACCUGGAAGGCCAGGGCAGUAUUCAGGACAAGAUCACUGUGUGUGCCACUGAUGACUCGUACCAGAUGACCCGGGAGCGCAUGUCUCAGGUGGAGAAGGACAUCAUGAGCAGGUCGGCCAUCGAGAUCAAGCCAGGCUCCACACGUGGUAAAUGUGUGAAGAUCCAGAGGAAGCAGGGCCUGUCCUCAAGCAUGGACAGCAGCAGCAACAAGCACUCCCCCAGCAACAAGAAGAGCGGGGCCCCCAGCCCAGUGGCCCUCAGGCCCCUAAGAGACCGUAUCAUCCACGUCUUGGCCUUGAAGUUCUACAGGAAGCCUGAGCUGCUGCUGUGGCUGGAGAGGGAGAGGGCCAGUCCUAAGGACAAGGCUGACCUGGGAGCAGUACUGGACGAUGUUGCUAAACUGAAUCCCAAAGACCACAGCUUUACUCUGAAGGAUGAGUUCUACAGUCAUGUCCAGAAGGAUUGGCCCGGUUACCUAGAGGAAGAGAAGCAGCUCAUCCAUAGGCUCCUGGCUAGGAAACUGCAGCCACUGAGCAGCAGUAGCCAGUUGAAGAGUUUCCAGUCAAACCAUUCAUUCCACAAAACCCCUGGGGAUUCUCCGUCACAACUCAGCCCGGUCAAAACUCCCUCUGUGAAACGCCCAUUUCCCUCUGAGCUAUCUGAUUGUCAGACCCCCAAGAAGCAAAGACUAUUAGACCACAGUUUACCCCUGCAGUCCCUUUCCAAUGGACACCUUGGUCCCAUUGGAGCCCGUAGCUCAUCUGGUCCAGGCAACACCAGUGUACAGACCAAAACAGAGUUUGAGAGAAGCAACAAUCACGUCCAGGGAAGCCCUAAUGGUCUCUACACACGGCACAAACUGGAUGGUUCCUCCAGUAUUCCCAAGCUGGAGAGGACAGAGCCGGUCCCAGCAGUACCAAGCCCCAAGGCCCCACAAACUGAGCCCUCCAUCUGCACUGACCAGCAGCUAGCCAACGGCCAGCACAAAAAGAAGAAGUCCAAGAAGCACAAAGACAAGGAACGGGAGCACUUAAAACAAGACUGGAUAGAGAACAGUCCCGACCUGAAGCAGAACCAGGAACAUUUCAAUGACCAUGAGGGGGCUAAAACACCUGUCACUCGUACGUCACCGGAAGAGCUGCCCGACUAUUUCAUAAUGUACAACAUCAUCACAGCCUCAGAGCAACGGCAACAGUACAAGGAGGAUUUCUGUGCGGAGUAUGAUGAGUACAGGGCCCUGCAUCACCGGAUCGGUACUAUCACAGAGAUGUUUGUUCAGCUGGGCUCAAAGAUCAACACUCUCUCCCCCGGUACACAGGAAUACAAGCUCAUGGAGGACCAAAUACUGCAGAAAUACAGAAAAUAUAAGAAAAAGUUCCCUGGUUACCGGGAAGAGAAGAAGCGAUGCGAGUAUCUGCAUCAGAAACUGUCUCACAUCAAAGGUCUGAUCCUGGACUAUGACCGUACCCAGGCCCCUUCAUAGUGACUGGCCUGCACCCUGCCACAGGGUGUUAUUUUAUCAAUGGACCAAAAGACUGACCAGCCGAGCCUGGGUCUGGAGUGUUAAGGACUUUAAUCACAUAUGAAUCACACAUUCACUUUAUUCCUCCAAGUGUUGAUGGAAGAGAGGAGAGAGGUUCUCUUAUAUGAAGUGGGCCAAGACCAGCGACUCGUGAUCAAAUGAAUCAUUUUUUAGGACGAGUGUUGUUGUAAUGGCUGGCAAUUUAAGCCAAAUUCCUUUUUCUACCCAUAAUGUUAAUGUACAUGAACUCUCCUGCCCAAUGCUUUUAACGUUUGGUCUAUUGCCAUGACUACACAGAAAGACAUAGUUUGAUGGUACAAUCAUAAGGACAGAUGAGAAUAAAUGCUCUUCAUACCCAGUCUUCUAUCCAUGCUAUAUUUAAGUACCCAGUACAAUAUGCGGUUUGUUGUUUCACUGAAUGUAUAAAUGUAAAAUAGUGAUAUAAGAUCUUGAUUUCUAUAGAGAGGGUUGUAAUCACUGGAUUAAGAUUAGGGGACGCUGGAAGAUAUGCAAUGUUAUGUGGAAAUAUCUCAGACCUCUAUGAACAAGAAGUGAACUGUUUGAGUUGAUAAUUUCUCUAUUUGUUAAAGUUGAUGAUACAGUACAUGUCAUUAAUCAGACAUGCCAGUCAAAUCUCCUAUACAUUCGCCUCUGACCCACAUUUCACAUUCAGUCUGUAGUUCCUGUUUGCAGUAAUUGAGCCAUUCUGCUUCAUCAAAUAUGGGCCAUGGGAUUGGAAACAACUGCCCCCUCUAUGCUGAAGAAAAUGUUUAUGAAUCUUGACAUUUGUAUGAUAUAGUAAAAUGCCAUCUUAGUCAUACAGUAUACUCCCAUGUUUCUGUUUAAACCACUACAGCAUUACUGAAAGAACACUAAUCUGAAUAAGAACUGCAAUCAAACUCCAAAAUAAUAUUUUUGGAUUGUUAUGGCAUUCUGUUACCUUCUUAUCCUUCUGGAUAAAUUAUUCUCAUUGUUUGAGCCAGUAUUCUCUGACCUUUAAUGAUAGUAAUAAAGUUCAUACAAUAUUAA